AACAAUGAAACACAAACAGUUUCUAGAAUUUUACAAGCUGAGGUUGUAUAUUUUUCCAGAAUUCAUAAUAUUUUACAAGAAAAGAUCAUGAGAAUUUCCAAACUGAACCACAACUAAUCUGUACCUAAAUAUAUCUACCAAUAAUUGAUGAUAACUAUUCAAAGAAUCUUAUUGUAGGUAGUGUGAAGAUUUCCCAUUCGUCAAUGUGUAAUUGAAGAAUUAAUUUACAUUCAUUUGUUCGGUGUGUGAAGAGUUUUCUCCAAAGUUUUCCCACUUUCCAUGGAGUGAAGUCGAAGUAAAAAGUCAAAAAGUUUUUCUCCAAUAACAAAUUUGAGUUUUUACUUUGUUGCCCUUCGCGAUUGACUGGUUUUAUUCGUUCGAAAUAGAUAACAAAAAUUCUAAUAACUUUACAACUCGAACUAAUCCUUUCCACCUGAUAUUACCCAAAUCGGUCUUUAAGAUAAAUCCUCCUAAUUUGUUACCCCACAAGAUUCAAAUAAUAAAUUACACUCUUGUACUCUCAUUUGCGUUCGUGUAUCCGUAUUGUUUUCGAAGGUUUACAGAAAAUACACAACAAUAGUCCUCACCAAAUACAUUAGAAUAACAAAGGAUUCGUUACACACGUAGGCGUCGAAUUCGAGGCCUUUUAAACUAAUUAAAUAUUGCUUAAUAUCGCAGCCAGUUUUUAAAGGAAACGCGAUUGGAGCUCGCAGACACCUUCAGCCAUGAUUCGGUACGCGUCCUCCUGAUUGGCAAACUGCGUAGUGUUAGCUCCUCCCACUAAUCACUAAAUCCUUAUCUCCCCGCAAUAGGUAACUUAGCGCUCUUUACGCUUCAGUUGCACGCAGUGUUUGUUCUGUUUGUGUGUUAUAUUUUUAAUUGUACAUCGCUUGUCAGAGGCGUUCGUUUUUUAUAGAGUGGUUUUCCAUCGGAUUUUGGAUGUUACAGUGCGUUCCUAGCGGUCUCCGCUAAGUUCACUAGGAAUGGUGUAUCACGCACAAACUGGACCAAUUUAUCGUCAUCAAUCAGCAAACGGGUAUUUCCAGACAAAUUCCCCGAUGCAUUCGUGGUACGCGUAUUCCCAGCCAGCUCAGCUGGGAGCAGCCCCGAAUCCGUAUUGUGUACAGGAGGAGCAGCAAAUGUGGCCCCAUCACCACCCUCACGCCGUAUUCCCUCACACGGACUUUCAGGACUAUAUGCACACAGGGAUCCCGCCUAUGCAGCAUCCGCAGCAUCAGCUCGACCCGGAAAAUCACCAACUCCCUUCGCCUCCGACGACGGUGUCGGGAAGUGAACUAUCAAGUCCUGGGGGACAGAAUGAUAAUAUAUCGUCGCACAGUCAUAACUCGGCGCGGCCUCCCCGGGUUAAAAGUCCCUUCGUGUGGAUGAAACCGUCUCAUCAUGCUCAACCAAAUCCUGGCAAGACGAGGACGAAAGACAAGUAUCGAGUGGUUUACACGGAUCACCAGCGAAUAGAGUUGGAGAAGGAAUUCACAUUCGUUAAUAAAUACAUAACGAUAAGAAGAAAAUCAGAACUGGCUGCAAACCUUGGUCUCAGUGAAAGACAGAUAAAAAUUUGGUUCCAAAACAGGAGAGCCAAGGAAAGGAAGCAAAGCAAAAAGCGUGCCGAAGAAAAAUCCCAACUCGAAAUCAACCCUUACCAACAAAACCUUCAACACAUGGACAUGCUCGCCCAACACGUCCCAAAUCCAGCAGUUGUGAUGCCCACUCCUUCUAUUGAGAUGCAUAGGUACAUGGACAACCAAGUGAUGAAGCAUGAGAAUAGUGCUUCAUAGUUGGUGACGAGUUAGGAGAUGGAGCAGCUUUAUUGAUUUUUAGCUCGAGGGUGAAACCCAAAUUUUAUGAAAUCAUUCAGGUUUUUGUUUUGUAUAGUCAAACGUUUUUAGAAGCCUACUUCAUUGAAUGAUGGACAAUCUGAGGACGAUAUUCAGUUGUUCGAGUUGAGAAACCUUCGAAUGUACAUAAAAUAAUUUAUAUUUGUAGAAAUACGUCCGUGUUGUAUUUUCUAUAGCAAUUUGAAAGAAUUAAGAGAUAGUUUUGCAGUGAAAAUCAUAUGCAAUACAAUGAAGCCAUCAUUACUUUCAUUUGAAUUUAAUUUCAAGUAUGCAAGUUGAUGAAAACAAUCUGAUUGCCUGACUCUCCUUUCCUCUAAUAAAAGUAGGAAUUUUCUAAACUGGUAAAGUUUCUGUCAGUCAAACAUCUUUCUUAUAAUACGUUUCUGAAUAUUUCAAAGUGUCCAUAUCUCUUUGUCCAAGUUUCUACUGAUAUAACUUUAUCUUUUAUUUCUGAUUAUCUCUGAUAAUCAUCUCAGUUAGUGCAAAUCUUCAUAUUAUCUACGUCAUCUACCCUUCGUUUGUAAAUAUCAAGAUAUAGCUUAGGGAUUGACUUUUCAAUGCUUUAGACUCGUUUUAUAAAUAGAAAUGUGUGAUCUUACAGAUGAGAAACUUGUAGAUCUGUCCCUCUCCGUUACAGUCUCAACAAUUUCACUGACCUAACCAAACCAGAGUUGUUCCUUUGAAAAUCUUAGUGAAUAUCUCUUAAACAUUUAUAUAUCAGAAAAUAUAUACGAGUAUACUUAUUGCGUACUUUCUGAUCACCUCGUUUUGGUAUGAAUCGCAGCUGAUUCUGACAUAAUCAUUCAGACCAUUAUUCACUGCUGAACUAUCGCUUAUAAUUUAUUUCAAAUUUAUCAUCGUUCUGCAGGUUGGAGACCUGUAAGAAAAAAUAUCGUUAGGGAUGGACAACUGAACGAACAUGCAUUUUUUUCAGUUGUAUUUUUGGAAAAGAAUCAGAACUCCGAAUUUUCUAGAAACAGCUCGCAAGCACCUAAGCAACCCUGUUUAGUCAAGUCUUUUAUUUUCCACAAAGCUGGAGCAUGUUUUUAUCGUGAUAAGUUGUACACAUCCUCCCGUCCAAAUUAAGAUGAAUUUAUGCAGUCAAUUAGUAAGUGAAAAUUAUCAAUUAACAAGAAUAAUGUGAUAAAACUGAUAACACUUAUAGACUCAAGCUCAUAAGCCUUGGAAUUUCUGAGAAAUGUGAAAACCUAAUCUAUUUUAAAUGGAGUGGGGUGAAUCAGAAAUUGACUGAUAAGAUCUUACAAAAGAACUACAUCAGUUUUAUUUUCAACUCUGAUAUUAUAAUAACCUCUCAGAUGAAUCAAACAUUAGACUGCCACUAGUGACAAAAACCAACCCUAAUGAACAUCAAUAUUGUGAAAAAAAAUUAAGUUAUUAAUUAUUGUUUUCGAACGGACAAACCCGGGAUCAUCUGCCUACUGGAUGAAUAGUUUCAAAAAGUUAUGUUUUCCAAACUUCUAUUUGUUAUAGGAAUGUAGGCUUUCUGUGCUGGUGUCAAUGUUUUGAUUAGCUUCCGGGUUUUGCCGUUAUCCUUCUUGGAUUAUAAUCCCCAAACGUUUCAACUACAACUGCGGCAGUCAUCAUCAGUGGCGUGGUCGAAGUACUCUUCUUGACGUGUCAACUGAAACUACUUUUCACUUGUUAAUUGAUAGUUCUCAAUUUUUAUGCCUACUUCAUUCCUUUGUUUCAAACCUGGCUACUUUCUAAUUGAGUCUGCUAAAUUCACUAUCAAAAGUGCAAUUUUUAUUUCGUGCAAUGAUAAACUCUAAAAGAGAAUAAAUUAGUUAGCUCUGUAUAUGUUCAAAAUUCUAUUAUUGUAAUAUAGGUAUGAUUGAUUUUACGAAUUUUGUGUAUAAAAAACUUAUAAUAAUAAAAAUUUUGUUUUUUAA